AAACUUUCAAUUUAGUUUCGUCUUUCGACCGGUGCAGAUCAGCGUGACCCUCGCUCUUGUUGUUGUUGUCAAUUGGCACUUUUUUUUGUUGUUCUGUGUGUGGGGUGAAAACAGAGAGAAGAUUUAUAAUUCCACAAAUGCUAUCGGUAUUCUCCUGCGGUGGUGCGAUUGGGAAGUGAGAGGAAAGUGAAUAAUUACCAUCGAGCAAAUACAUACAAACAAGCCAGUACGGAAAGGGUGUGCGGCGAGGUGGCAAGAGAGGACAGAGUCAUUCAAGUUGAGCGCAAAGUGUGUUGUGGAAGCAAUAAGCCGAAAGGAAACAGAAGCUUACUUUGGAUGGACAUUAUUGUGGUAUCGGAGCGAUUUGAGAGUGAAUACAUGCAAACAGAGGAACGGGUGAUUUAGAAGCGCCAAUAUACACUUCGGGUUGGCAUUGGACUGUUGUUACUCUUUGUGUGUUCAGUGGAGGAAUAUCAUUGAUAAAGUAUUAAAUAUAUGCGGACAGCGAGCGAGACACGCGAUAGCAGCGCUAGUAGCGGUGGCCGUUGUGAGUCAUCAGGUGUUUUUGAACGAGGAAGCGACGACUCAACGACGUUCAAGGUUUCCGCUGCUGUUUCUGCGCCAGACGUGGAUACUUUAAGAGCCAUCAAAAUAGAUACCAUGGCCGAAGCGCAGCGACUGAUUGGCAUUUCCCUGGCCAAAAUAGCACAGUCGCGGGUCUGUCGGGGAGGGGUUUCCCUGCACAAGAAUCUGUUAGUGGCAACCGUGUUGCAGAAGGCACGCUACAUCUUCAUGGAGGAAGCCUACCAUAUUGUGCAUGGUCAUUACUUGCAGCAGAAUAAGUGCAUGGAGCUGGAGAUGGAGAAGCAAAGGAACGCAGCGGCCGCGGCUGCAGCAGUUGCUGCUGCGGCAUCUGUGCGCAACGGUGACGACGAAAGUUGUAGUGAAAGUAGUGAAAAUGGCGAUGGGUCCGAAUCGUCGUCGUCGUCUUCGUAUGCGUCAAGUGAAAAUAAUGAGGAAACCGAUAACGAAGACAAGGAAAACAGUCCGCCCUCAGUGAGCCCCGAACGAGGGGAUCAAGAGGGAUCGUCAUCGAUGCUGUACUUCGAUUUGGAUGUGAAGAAAGUGGAGAAGACGAACGUGGGACAUGGCAGCAAGCGAAGGCGCGAAGCAGCGGAAUGGGAAACGGAAGAAGCGGUUCAGUCUAUUCUUCCUAAACGGCUGAAAUCGGAAUCGGAUAGUGAUGCUGAGGAAUCUUCGGAUUCUUCGGCGGAAAAAGUGAACGACUCGGAUGUGCAUGGUGAAACUGCUGCCCUUUCAUCGGCUUCUGACAAUCAGUUGGAAGCGGAGGAUUUGUCCCGUCAUCAGACGGAAUUCCCUUUAAAUCACACACCCUCGGUGGAGAGCAUUGAUCGGAUAACUUCACUGGUUUCGAUCUUCAGCUUUGGCAACCUGACACGUUCUGUUUCGACGCCAGAUUUUUGCGCGGCGCAAGCAAAAGAUUCCGAGAGCUCGCUGACUCAGUUGCAACAUUCGCAGCGUGGUUACCUAACUAUGACUGUAUAACUGCUACUGUUGCAACGAGCACUGCAUUACGACGCCAAGUAUUAGCAAUUAGAACUUCGCACACUCCUGUGAUGCCUGUUGCGUAGUGGCGGCAUUGAACUGAUGCCACCGAUUCAACCCAGAGAGUGCGCGGACCAGGACUGUGCGUAACAAGAAUUGAUGCUGAAUCUGACGGUGAACUGGUGGUCUUACGUGAUAGGUGCAGUCUGGCACACAGCGGGAUCUCGUGGAAGGCGCUUCGGGACAGCGGGUGCUAGCAGGAAGAGUAUCAUCACUCUGAUCCUACUCAUUUCAUGCGAAACUGAAAACAUCGUUUGCAGUCGCGUUUCGUAGUGGAAGUGGGACAUUUUCAUCGAUAACCACACGUCGAAAACGUAUUCGGUUGCUCCCGAUAGCGGGAGAAUCUUUGAAUUAUUGAAAAAAUACCAUUCGAAUCAUAAGGCUUGUGAUACAUCACUUAAUCCUACAUAAUUAAGUCCAUCAUUUAUGUCUUGCGAGCUGCGUAUAGGGAAGAAAGAAACGAGAAGAAAAAAAAAUCGAGGGGUUUUAUCCGAGACACGAUCGCUUAGGACGUAGGACUACGCAAUCUUUUUUCUUUUGAAGUUUGUUGAAGUUUGUCGAAAUUUCAUAAAUAAUUCUUUAGUAAAAAGUUCCGGGUACCCUGAAAACGUUUAAUGGUUUUGUAGAAUCAUUUCGAGAAGCAACGAUCCUUUCUUGCCUUAGUGAGAAGAAUACCUGAUUUGGCACCCUUAUUGAAAGACGUAGUCCUACGUCAAAAAAAAUCAGGCAGAGACACAACCAGAGAGGUAAAUUUAUAUAACUAAACCCCGGUGCAGCAGAAGACAAUACGAAGCUCAUGUAGAAACAAGAUUUCUCGCUUGGCGUGUGUAGUGACAGAGAGAUGAAUAAUUGCGGCUCUGGCUAUUCGCUGCAUUUAGUGUUCGGUGUGUCCCCUCUUCCAUAGAUCAGACACACGGGGUCUCUCGAUCUCGCUUGUGUGUGAGCGCGCAGGAUGGGAAACAGUAGCAUGAUGUGAAAAUUUUUAAUGGGCAAUAAUAAAAGGCACAAGCUAUGUACAAAGUACUGUACGAAUUUAUUUGUGUGAGGCGCACGGAACCUAAAUGCAGCUAAUGCAUAAAUAUGAAUAAGCAAAAGCUUUUGAUUAGGACUCUCUUUCCUCUGCAGCAGUGGUAGCAAUUAAAGUAGGGCGAACCAACUGCACUGUUGUUGGUGAGUCAUUUUUGUCGACAAUUCUCAAUACACACUUCUCAAGAUAAUUUUUCCAAUACGUCAGCAGCAAACAAUCAUCAAACUAACGUUUUGUAAUGUAGGCCAGCUUCUUGGGCUGCUAGGCACAAAUUAGGCAUGUCAGUAAAAUCGUGACCAUCACCCGAUUGAAAUCACGGCUUAACGAAGCAGCGAAAAAGAUAACUGUUACAAUGGUGGGGAGAGGAGGAAACAUUAUUUGGCACAAUUUGAAGCACACACAUUUUAUUUUUGUUCAAACGCCUUCCAGUGUGGCAACGUCGUGGCGAUUGGAGACCAAAGGUGAAUGUUGAGGCAGCAUGGAAAGAAGUUCAGAUGAAAACGCAUGAGAAAAUGCCUAUCGUAACUGUUUCGCCACCAUUGAUGGCGCGCGUUACUCCCGCACAUAGACACCCGAAGAAAACCAUUAGUAAUGUUUUGUUUGUGAGAGUUUACAUUCGAAUUUUGUUUUGUCUCUAUUGAUGAAUCAUAUCGCGCGUCAUAUUUGCGUAUUUGCGUUUGUGGAGUACAGUGAACCCGCCUAACCUUUUUUUGUUGCGUUACGUAUCUAGCGAUGCAUAAACCGUCUCAUUAUCAUUGCUAAGAAGGACAGCCGCUACAUAAUCCAUACAUGAGUGCUUUCGAAAGCGAAAGCGUUUACAUAGGGCCCGCCGUUCUUUCGGACUCUGAUUGAAUGGUACAAAUACGCGAAACAGAAAAAAAUGACGCCCACCCAUCAUGAGUCCGAUCGCACGCGCUUUAAAUCUCUCCGGUGUGCAAUGAAUCUCACGUAAUGCUUCCUGGUGUGUAUUUCUCACCAACGUAAACGCAUAGGUGGACGAAGCAGUUAUUGGAUGAGUUACGUAGGUCCCCCGGGGGACAUGCCGAUUGGAGAAUGCGAUGUACAACAAACCACAAACUAAGCAUAUUUUAAUUUUCAUCUCACUGUGUUAACACAAACUGUGUUAACGGACAGAAUUUUAGAAACGAAUAAUUGUAAAAUACAACAAAAAGAAUACAACUGUGAAAAACCGAAAAAAGAUGAUUUUUUUUUAACUUUGUCCUCGUGAAUAUAUUGUUUUACAUAUGGAGAGUAGAAAGAGAGGAGUACUUUAGCAACUAGCCCUUAAGUGUAGGCGUAAGCGUUAACGAAUCUCGGCUCUGUUUUAGGAGCCGCUAUGAAAAGUAUCAUUUCCAACUACAGUACUAUGUUAACUUAUUCAAUUAUCAAAAAUGUACACAAGUAUAACGAAAUGAGUUUUAAUAUAUACGGAUUUUCAGCCAAAA